AUGAAUAACAAGAAGCCUCUUUCUGUUAUUACUGAUGGGGAUAAAGCAAUGCGUAAAGCCAUCAAGAGGAUAUUUCCAAACUCUUGUCAUCGAUUAUGUGCUUGGCAUAUUCAACGCAAUGCAUUCACUAAUGUCCAUGUCAAAGAUUUUACUAAUCAUUUUUCUAAGUGCAUGUUCAUGGAAGGCAUCGUUGAAGAAUUUGAAUGUGCAUGGAAUGACAUGUUGGAAAUGUUUAAUCUUCAUGGACAUAAGUGGGUGACAGAUAUAUAUGCUAAGCGUUCUAGAUGGGCAGAGGCUUAUUUAAGGGGGCAUUUCUUUGCUGGUAUGAAAAGCACACAAAGGUGUGAGAGCAUGAAUGCAUACUUGAAUCGUUUCCUUAAAACUCGUUUGAAGCUGUUUGAGUUUGUCAAACAUUUUGAUAGAGCACUCUCACGUAUUCGUCAUAAUGAGGCAAAGGCAGAGUUUGAGACACACCAUUCUUCAGCUGUUCUAACAACCAAACUCUAUGCACUUGAGAAAUAUGCAGGGACUGUUUUCACAAGGCAAUCUUUUCUAAAAUUUAGGGAUGAGAUGAAGAAUGCAGAAUUGUUUUUCCCUGUCAGUACAGAAAAUCAUGGACGUUAUCGUGUCCAUACAUUGACCAAGUUUAGAAGCCCUGACAAGAUUUGGAAAUUGGUUUUCCAUGUCCCCACAUGA